CCUAAAUAAAGCCCCUUACUGUAUAGCAAAACGAAAGGCUUUAUUCAUAAUUCAGCCCAUCAGAAAUGUUUUUUUAGAGCUGAUUUUACAGAGGCUUUGGAUGUUAGACUAAAGAUUAAAGUGACUAGAUUACGUAUCUUUUGUACGUUUGCUACCUAGCGUUAGCGUAUCUUCUGCUGCCCAGUAGGAUAAACCGAACAUAAACAAUUAAAAGGAGAAUCACCAAAAUGGAGAAACUAGAAACACCGUACGAGGAAGAGACCGGGUUUAUCGAGUGCACGGUCUGUGAGAAAUCCUUAAGGGGCGAAACCUUGUACAAGAUACACCUGACUACAGCAGCGCAUGUCAAGGUACGCAGCACCAGUUACUGGUACAGAAUGUGUCAAUUGUAGCUAAAAGCAAAUCCCCACUCAGGCUGUAAACUAGUGAACAUCGAGACAUGUUUCACUCUUUUAUGAAUGUAUUUCUAAAUUCUAUUUUUAUUUAGGUCUCAAGUGUUCACAUCUUGCAGGUGCAACUCAAAGCACCAAAUAAAAACAAAGCAAGUUGAUCUUUUUAGGAUUCUGCUCUCCAGUAGAUCUUCUGACCAUUCAUCUUUUCUCUGAGCCAAAAAAAGCACAUAAGUCAGUGUUCAACUGGCAGAAUAGUAAGUACCACACCAGGGAUAUCAGCAGGCAAGUUGUUCUUCGUUUCUUGGUGUUGAACUUGAAGCUCUACUACCGUCUUGUUCAUACGAUCUUGAAUCUACGUCCUUAACAUGGUGAGUUACUUUUUUGGUGGCAGCAAAACACCACAUGUAAGUAGUGCUUACCACAUUUGUCUUCAUGCAUCAUGGUCCUUUUGGAGGAGUACUGUGCCUUUUGAAAAGUGCGCUCUGCAGUUAGAAGGCAUGAUUUUAACACAUUUUUGUCGCUUGACUUGAUCAACUUGAUCUUCUCCCUGUAUCUUACAUCCAUCCAUCCAUUUUCAUCCGCUUAUCCGGGGCCGGGUCGCGGGGGCAGCAGUUUGAGCAGAGAGUUCCAGGCUUCCCUCUCCCUGGACACUUCCUCCAGCUCUUCCGGUGGGACCCCAAGACGUUCCCAGGCCAGCCGAGAGACGUAGUCUCUCCAGCGAGUCCUGGGUCUUCCUCAAGUGUGCUGGUCUCUACUUGUUUGCAAGUACAAUAGGAUUCAUUAUUUAAAAAAAACACUUUCUGCUCUACGUCAGAAUAUGUCCUCUUUUUAUUCCAAAGUCAAUAUUCAUCUUCUGGAGCCAAACCUCCUUCUUUCUUGCUCCUAUCAGUUCGAUGAUUCUUGAGCUUGAUCUGUGGAGGCGUAAGGAGCUGUACUGGAUAAGAGCAUGUUGCACUUUGGACCGUACUGUCCAGCCAUUACCUAUAGUGACAGAUAACCCUUGCUCUUUACCUGCAUAUUAGUGGGUUUUGUGAGGAAACCAGUUCACAAAGAGGAAACCCACACCUGUAAACAUGCAAAGUGUGGGUUGACUACUUAAAUCACUGCAUUGGUUCAGUCUUUUAUUUCAUCACUGGGGUAUUGGGAGCCAAAGCAACAACAACACAGCUUGAGAUGAUCAUUCCUUCUCGCACUAAGCAACUGAAAUGGUUGUUUCAGGCUUUGUACUCAACAGGGAUCUUGAGAAUCUUAUUUUCUUAUCAGGAAUGUUUUUGUAUACAGACGCUUUCCUACAUCAGCUCUUUCAGUCACGUAUGUCCUUUUUUUAAAUUUUCCAGUCACCUCGGAUAAAAAUCAUCAACCUAAAUAACCUAAUAUCUGCAGCGUCUUCACAAGUCACUUGCUGGGAUAACUCUUAGGAUCAGGAUACAUGAACAACAGCGGCCUAUUUCAUCUGGACGGCUUAUAUCUUAUGGAAGUUGACGAUGAAAGUCUCUGUUGCACCAACUGGAAUCUGUUAAAUUCAACUCUGUCUGUGCAUUGAAGUAAUAAUGUGGAAAAACUGCUUGAACAACUGUUAAUGAAUCUUGAUUUUCUGGACAUUGUUUCUCCACAUCAAGAUGAAGAACUUUAUUUUUUAAAAGUUAUGACUUUUUUUCAGCAUGACUCCCUAAUACAGUUGUGUUUGAAAUGAAAUUUGGUAUAUACUUCUAUAAAUUGCCAGACGACACACUUUACUGUGGAAAUACACUUAAAGUCAGGUAAGGUGAGCUCUGGUUUUUCAGUCUUUCUGUGUUCAUAGCACAGUAAACUGUAACUAGUCAUCCUGUUUGCACAGUACCUAUUUAAUUAAUUGAUUAAUUGCUUUCCUUUCAUUCCUGGCAGAAAGAGGAUGCCCUUGUUGCUGUCGGCUCAGCUUACUAUUUUGAUUGGCGCUGAUAACACUGGCGCUGUGACUGAAAUAAUGAGUGUCCUCACAAGGAGUCAGGAAUUAUCAACACCAGUUCACUCCGAAGACAUACUGUGUUUAUCAUUGAAAAGUUGGAUUCCAGCCAAGCCAACCAACCAACCCCCCCCCCUUCUGACUUAACUCUUCUAAGUCACAGGCCGUGCAAUCAGAAAACACACCGUGCCUGAAUUUAAGGACAUUGUACAUUAUCUGGAUUAUCUAAAGCUCGAUGAGCCCAUCAUUGGUUUGAGCUUUUUGGAUGAAAUACCAUCUAAUGAUCUUCAGGGAGGCCCCAGGUACUUGUGUAGGCUCUGUCAUCACACUGCAAACCUGCCUGACAUGGUACACCAUGUGAUUGGACGCAAACACCGGCAGAAAUAUGUGGAACUCAAGCGGCAAGAUCUGGUUACGUGGGAUAAGGAAUCAAUAAUAACUCAAGGAGGAAAGAUCAUUCGAGCCAGAGCGGAAAUUAUAGAGAGGCAAGAUGGACGAGGAAGUCCAGUGGCUCUGGUGAGACGAGGCGUUGAGGGCAGGUUAAACAUCUGUAAAGUACCUCCAAGAGAGAAGCAAAAUAGAAGCAGAGCCCAGAGGUCAAAUGAACACAACGUUCCACCACUCUUACCAGAACUCAAAGGCUACAAGGAGUACUCCAGUCGAAAGUUUGCCACAGGUUACCAAAAUACCCUGCAGUUCCACCCAGAUGAACCUAACCCGAAGCGAGCCCGAAGAAUGCAGCAAAGUGAUGACCCACUCGAGCGAGACUACAUGGAGGAGAAGCUACGCAGGAAAAGUGAUAUGUACCGAGAAGAGUACAUUGACCCAGAUAGUCGUAGGGUGUACAAAAAGCAAUAUGCUGAAGAUCCUUAUAACUUUUCUCCUUCAAGCGUUUCUCUUGAACCAGAUAGUGUCCCCCGAUAUAAUUCCAGGGAGGACAGGGCCCAUGACCAAAUUCCAGAUGUAAACUAUUACCCAGACAUGGGUCCUCCACAAAGGAGACCCUUCCCAGAAAAUGAUCCAUUGAAAGAGUUUUACACAGAGGAAGUUCGACGUAGGCGAGGACAGUCUGCUGAACAUCAGCCCUCUCACCGGGCCAGUCUAGGUGAACGCCAGUGGUCUCUGGAGAGGGAACCUGGUAGACACAGUAUGAUCAGAGCAGGCAGACAGGGAUCAAGUGAGCCAGAGGUCAAGAGGGGCAGCUUCAGAGAUUAUCUGCCAAAAGAAACAGUGUCCUAUUCUGGGCCCUCUACCUCUCAGCUACAGGUGGACGUCACCAGAACAAUGUCCAACAUCCCUGAACCAUUCAGGCGCUUCCUGAAAGGGGACACUAAUGAUGAGGGCAGCAAAAGAAAGAGAACAAGUCGCUUCUCUGAUGCUACUGUAGAGGAGGUGGAAAUGACAAAAGAGAUGUUUGGUGAUGACUAUGGACCUCCAAAGUUUGGUGGUUAUAGUAGAGGAGCUGACGCACCAUUUGGAUCCAACAUCCUGGGAACACAACUUGACCACCCCACAGAAUCACACAUGAACCCACGUGGUGAAAGUUAUCAGAAAGGGGCUUUAGGGACAGAUGGUGUCUUUGAUAUGUUGAAAAACAUUGAAAUUGAAACUACCGAAGAUGCCGACUUCCUGAACGAGAAACUUUGCAGUCUUCUGCGUGAGUUCAAGUCCAGAAAAUUGGAGAAAAAUAUGCGUAAUAGCCAAGGUCGAGCAGUCAACAACAGUUUACAGGCAGACUUACACUAUGAGACAGCUCACAGAGAAGAUUCAGACAUUAGAUGGCCCGAUCUCUGCUUUGAAGAUGAUCAUAGAGGAAUCGGCAGGAGGGAGCAUGACAACAGGUUCAUAGAUUACCAUCACCUUGGGAAUGGAGAACCCAGAUAUUCGAACAGAAGUCAUCAUGAAGAUGACUCCCCUUAUCCUGAAAGGUUUGAAGAACCCAUGUAUUCUUCUGACUACCAACCUGCCACACAGAGUUUUGGCACCCACUCUGCUGCAACUCCACUACACAUGGAAGUAAAACCUAGACUGGACAGGGAAUCUCGGUUCUCAAAUAAAAUGGACAAAAUCACCUCCACCCUUCUUGAAUUUGUAGCUAGGAAAUAAGUUCUGUAAUUAAAAUGAAAUAUAUACACAAAUGUAAUCGUUUGAUCUAAAGCUGUGAUUUUGUGUUAAAUUUCUUGCGUUGUUGAAUAUCUAGGACCCAUUUUUGUUCUUGAAAAUAUUGACUCUGUAUGUAAACAUUAAAAAAAAUGUUCCUGUCCGGACCAGUCAUACGUUGUAAAUGUUCAUAUUAGUAGUGCCGAUAAUAGUUAAUUUUACCCAGUAGUCAUGAGCUGCUACACAGACUGGGCAAUCCUUAACUACUUUAUUUAACCCUAAGCAACAGUGAGAGUUUUUAUGGUAGUCAUCAGAAAACUCUGUUUUGUGUUUCUUGAGGGGGAAUAAAGAUAAUAUUUAGAUUUAUUUAAUACAGUUACA